GCAAACAUGAACAGAUGUGUAUGCUAAAUGCGGUACUUAGUAAAUUAUAAAUAAUACUGAUUAUUCAAUAUCAUUUGUCAAUAAUUUUCGUCGUGUUUUCUGUAAAUUAUGGCCGGUGAAAGGAGUUCAGAACGCCGCAGAUCACGAUCACGGGAACGCCAUGAAAGAGAUCGUGAAAGAUACGAAGAUCGCGAAACUUAUAGGGAUAAAGUAAAGCGGCGCGAUAGAUCUAGAAGCCCGAGAAAAGACCGAGAAAGGUCACGUAGCCCUACGCGAAAAGAUGACCAGCGCACUCGAGAGAGAGAACGCUCAAAAAGCCCGAAUCGUAAAGACCGCGGUAGGUCAAGGAGCCCUAAGAAACGUGAUGGAAAUAGAGAACGUCGUCUUGAGGACAGAGAAAAAAGUAAAUAUAGAAAAGAAGAAGAAAACAAACAGGAAGAAGAACAAGCUGCAAAAAUUGAGGAGGAUCAACCGAAACAAAUCAAAAGAGAACCAUUAUCCUUGGAAGAACUUCUUGCUAAAAAGAAGGCUGAAGAAGAAGCUCGUAGUAAGCCAGUUUUCUUAACGAAAGAACAGAGAGCUGCUCUUGCACUAGAGAGACGUCGUGAACAAGUUGAAGCUAUUAGAGCUAAUAUUGAAAAACCGGCUAUGGCUACAAUUGACCUUACAGGAACAUCGAAAAAAGAAGAAGAAAAAAGAUACAGGGAGGAACGAGACAGAGAAAGGGAGCGUGAAAGAGAAAAAGAAAGAGAACGCAAAUAUGAAGAAAGAAAAUCAGGAAGUGACCGUAAUAGAGAAGAUAAAAAAGAAAAAAAUGAGGAGUACAAUAAAACAAAGGAUAAGGAAAGGGAAGAAGAAGCUAUUAAAGCUAGAUAUUUAGGUAUAGUGAAGAAAAAGCGUAGAGUUCGGAGACUAAAUGAUAGGAAGUUCGUUUUUGACUGGGAUGCUUCAGAAGAUACCUCAAAUGAUUAUAAUACACUAUACAAAGAAAGACAUCAAGUACAAUUCUUUGGGAGAGGUCACAUUGCUGGUAUAGAUAUUAAAUCACAAAAGAAGGAUUAUAGUAAAUUUUAUGGUAAUUUGUUGGAGAAACGGAGAACAGAAUUGGAAAAGGAACAGGAGAAACUGCGCUUGAAGAAAGUAAAAAAGAAGGAAGACAAACAAAAAUGGGACGAUAGACAUUGGUCUGAGAAAGAUCAUGAUGAAAUGACAGAAAGAGAUUGGCGUAUUUUUAGAGAAGACUACAAUAUUACAAUUAAGGGAGGAAAAAUACCUAAUCCCAUAAGAUCAUGGAAGGAAGCUGGCUUCCAUAAUGAUAUAAUGGAAAUAAUUAACAAAGUUGGUUACAAAAGUCCAACACCCAUCCAAAGGCAGGCUAUCCCUAUUGGGCUACAGAAUCGAGAUAUCAUUGGCGUGGCAGAAACUGGAUCUGGUAAAACUCUGGCUUUCCUUAUACCUUUAUUGACUUGGAUUCAAUCAUUGCCAAAGAGUGAACGUAUGGAAGAUGCUGACCAAGGUCCUUAUGCUAUAAUUCUAGCUCCUACCCGUGAAUUGGCUCAGCAAAUCGAGGAAGAAACAAGCAAAUUUGGUAUUCCUCUUGGCAUUACUUCUGUUGUUGUUGUUGGUGGUCUUUCAAGAGAAGAACAAGGUUUUAAGCUGAGAUUGGGUUGUGAAAUUGUAAUUGCUACGCCUGGUCGUCUUAUUGAUGUUUUAGAAAAUAGAUAUUUAGUUCUAAAUCGCUGUACCUAUGUGGUUCUUGAUGAAGCAGAUCGUAUGAUUGACAUGGGUUUUGAACCUGAUGUACAAAAAAUUCUUGAAUACAUGCCAGUUUCUAACAUUAAACCAGAUACAGAUGCAGCGGAAGAUGCUUCAGUAUUGCUUGCAAACUACAAUACUAAGAAGAAGUACAGACAAACCGUGAUGUUUACAGCUACUAUGCCCCCAGCAGUAGAAAGAUUAGCUCGUAGUUAUUUACGCCGACCAGCUAUAGUAUACAUAGGAUCGGUCGGUAAACCAGUCGACAGAACAGAACAAGUUGUAUACAUGAUCGGUGAGAACGAAAAACGAAGAAAGUUGACGGAGAUAUUGCAACGUGGCGUCGAACCUCCAAUUAUCAUAUUCGUGAACCAAAAGAAAGGAGCUGACGUUCUUGCUAAAGGAUUGGAGAAACUUAGCUUUAACGCUUGUACAUUGCACGGUGGUAAAGGACAGGAACAACGUGACUUUGCGUUGGCUUCUCUUAAGAAUGGUUCUAAGGACAUAUUAGUUGCUACAGACGUCGCUGGUCGUGGUAUUGAUAUUAAAGAUGUCAGCAUUGUUAUUAAUUACGAUAUGGCUAAGUCUAUAGAAGACUAUACACAUCGUAUUGGUCGUACCGGUCGUGCAGGCAAAACUGGUAAAGCUAUAUCAUUUGUCACGAAAGAAGACUCCGCUAUAUACUACGAUCUUAAGCAAGUUCUACUUGCUAGUUCUGUAUCUACAUGUCCACCAGAACUAAUGAAUCAUCCAGAGGCGCAGCAUAAACCGGGUACAGUUGUUACCAAGAAAAGGAGAGAAGAAAUGAUUUUCGCUUAAUUUUUUUUUGGUAUAUUAAAAUGAUACAACAUUUUCUUUAUAAUAUUUUAUUAUUUCUGAUGACGUAGAAUAAGUUAUACUGCAGUUAUAAUAAAUAUUAACUUCUCAUA